UUAACCCCACGCUCUGCUGCAGCCUGUAAGCCUCACUGCCUCAGUGCACAUGUCACCAUGAAGCUGCUGCUGCCAAACCCCGAAUUGGAUCUUCGGAUCCCGAGCUACGCUGACCUGGAGAGGAUGGAGAAGGAGACGAAGGACGGUCCCCAGUGGGACAACAAAGCGCAGUACAUCCUGACCUGUGUGGGCUUUUGCAUUGGUCUGGGAAAUGUGUGGCGAUUCCCCUAUUUGUGCCAAAGCCAUGGAGGAGGAGCUUUUCUGAUUCCCUACCUGAUCCUGCUGGUGCUGGAGGGAAUGCCUCUCCUUCUGCUGGAAUUUGCCAUUGGUCAGCGCCUAAGAAAAGGCAGUGUGGGGGUGUGGAGGGCAAUCAGCCCCUAUCUGACUGGAGUAGGUAUUGCGUCCAUGCUGGUGUCCUUUUUAGUGGGGCUGUACUACAACACCUUGAUAGGCUGGAUUUUGUGGUAUCUCUUCAACUCAUUCCAAGAACCACUGCCAUGGACACAGUGUCCUCUUAAUGACAGCAAGACAGAGUUUGUCUCAGAGUGCCAAAGGAGCUCCACUGUGGAUUACUACUUCUACAGAGUGUCUCUGAAUAGCACCACCUCAAUAGCUGACUCUGGAGGCAUCCAUCCGCCCAUUGUGGUCUGUUUGUUGGCUGCUUGGACUGUUGUGGCCAUCUGCUGUAUCAGAGGGAUCAGCACUUCAGGAAAGGCGGUUUACGUCACUGCUAUCCUACCUUACAUUGUGCUGGCCAUCUUCCUGAUCAGAGGACUGACUCUUAAAGGCGCUGUGAAUGGAAUCAAGUUCCUCUUUAUACCUGAUGUGAAGGAGUUGAUGAAACCGACAACUUGGCUGGAUGCAGGUGCCCAGGUCUUUUAUGCAUUUGGUCUGGCAUGGGGCGGACUCAUCUCCUUCUCAAGCUACAACCCUGUUCAUAACAACUGUGUUCAGGAUGCUGUCAUCCUGUCUGUUGUAACUGGCCUCACUUCAGUCUAUGCUGCAACUGUCACAUACUCCAUAAUCGGAUUCAGAGCCACUGAGAAAUAUGACACCUGCAUCAGUGAUAACAUCCUGACGUUAACAAACACCUUUGAUCUUCCUGAGAUGAACAUCACUUCAAACAACUAUGAGGCAGCCUUAAGCAGCCUGAAUACUUCCUAUCCUGAUGUCCUUCCUGGAUUGGGCAUCCAAACCUGUGACCUGCAGAGCCUCCUGAGUGAGGGAGUGGAGGGAACCGGUCUGGCGUUCAUUGUUUUCACUGAGGCCAUCACUAAGAUGCCCGGCUCCCCCGUCUGGUCUGUCCUCUUCUUUGUCAUGCUUCUCUGUCUAGGACUUUCAACCCUGUUUGGGAACAUUGAGGGAGUGGUGGUCCCCUUGAAGGACCUGAAAUUGGUCCCAAAGAACUUUCCUCAGGAAGCUUUAACGGGACUCACCUGUGUGGUUUCCUUCAUCAUCAGCCUCCUGUUUGCUCAGCGUUCAGGAAUCCACUGGGUUACUCUCUUUGACAACUUUGCUGGGUCCGUUCCACUGCUGACCAUUGGGUUGUUUGAGAUGAUAGCUGUCGUUUACAUCUACGGCAUAGACAGAUUCAAUGAGGACAUUGCCUUCAUGGUUGGGCGUAAGCCAUGCAUCUUUUGGCAGGUCACUUGGAGAUUCAUAAGUCCUUUAACUGUCCUGGUCAUUUUGGUUUUCUACCUGGUGACUCAAGCUCAAGAAACGCUCACCUAUUUAGUCUGGGAUGCCAGUUCUGAAAUGUUCCCAGCUUUGACAUCGGUUACUUACCCAUCCUGGAUCUAUGCGGUCAUCUUUCUACUGGCAGGAGUUCCCAGUCUGGCAGUGCCUGUGUAUGCUUUGUGUCGACUGAUUUUUGUCUGCUGCAGAAAACAUCUUUUUUAAUUGUAAAACAACGAAGAAGAGGCUUUUCUCUGCUGAUUCUUAAAAAAGUAACUUAUUUUUUAAAGAAGUACAUCUCAAAAUGUGGACCCCAGGAAGAGCAGUCUUUAUCCUGGUAAAGACUGCAGCUGCGCUCACACCGGCCCUGACAUGUUCAAGCUACCUCUUCCAACCACAAAGUUUGGGGAAACACAUGUAAAAAAGUUUCGACCUUCUGCAAUCAAAACUAUUGCUCUUGUGUUCACAUGACGCUACACAAGUUUUAAAUGUCAUUUUCAGGCUCUAUGUACAAAAGCACAUUGAAGGUUGUGCCACAUAAACUUUGACCAAUCAGAGAUGCAGAUUUGAUAGGGACGCAUGGAUGGCAUUCAUUUUAAUUCACUGAAGUAUUUACCGUUUGAAAACUGAUCAUGAAGGAAAAAUUCUUAACUGUGGUUGGUGUCCAGUUGGAAUUCUACCACACUAACUCUUUCAUAAAUGGGCAUAGAGCUGCGAAAAAAAAGCCUGGAGCAAGAUUCACCAGAUUGACACCGCUUUGACAUUUCCCAACAUGCAUCUUCCAAUUGUAUCUAGUGUGAACAUCAUAUACUUAUGAGCGUUCAACAACCCGUGUUCAGUGCCUUUUUAAAAGCGCAUCAAAGCUUACAGGAAUCCUUAAAGAAAUUGAAAUUCAUUUUAAAAAGUUCAGUGUUUUUUGCCAGUCAAUUCAAAGCCUAAAAUAUAUUUGUUAAAUAGCAUUAUCCACAUGAAUGAUAAAACUUGAAUUUUCUUGUAAUUUUAACAAUUAAGGCUGACAUGUAAUGAAAACCUAAAAUGUAGGUUUUGUAAACUAGUGGUGUCAACUGGGUAGUAGUGUGAAUCCUGUAAGCUGAAUUUGGCUGCUGAAGAUGCUAACUCAAGACGCUGAACUUUAUAGCUAAAAGCACUGAAGCUGAUAGCCAGCUACUAUAUUAGCUAAAUGCCAAAUGAGCAUAAAAAGACAAAA